AUGGAGAAGCAAGUCGCGUCAGGACGACGGGCUAUGUCGGAGUUUCGGCGUCAAGAAGAGGAAGUUAUAGGCAGUCUCUGCCGGCUGGGCAACCGAGGUGCGAUUUCGCCCAAAGCUCAAAUCGAACAGGAAAAAAGAAUUCGACGAGAGAUCGCCAAUUCUAAUGAACGAAGACGGAUGCAGAGUAUCAAUGCUGGUUUCCAGUCAUUGCGAGCUCUGCUGCCCCAACGAGAUGGCGAGAAGAUGAGCAAGGCUGCCAUCCUCCAGCAUACCGCUGAAUACAUCUAUCAGUUAGAGGCUGAGAAAACCCGGCUGUUGUCACAACAAUGCACUCUCAAACGCAUUCUCCAGCAACACGGUCUAGGGUCCACUUCAGCUAACGACUCCGACAACUCGGACUCCGGUGGUAAAGUUCCUGUCAAACGUAAGAGAACUGUCGAGAGUAUCGAAAGCGCUGACGAAGGAAUCGGAAUGAGUCCGUCCCACUGCGAACGAGAGCUCAUCUGCGACCUCAAGUACCAGCUGGAUCGCGAGCGAGAAAUGCGUCGGGCGGCUGAACGCAGAGCCGAACAGGCAAUGAACGAGCGGGACGGUCGUGUGAACCUGGUCAUUGAGGAGCAUUCCUCGGAAGCCGAAGAAUACAUUAAGGAGGAGAUGGUUGAGGAGUGCACCGAAGAGUUUGUGGUCACAGACGACCUGCCUCAGGAUCUCAGCUGCGCCACGGCGACAGGUAUCCCACAACAAGAAAUCACUGUCAUCUCGAAACCAUCCGUCGUCGUUCUCCCCGUUCAUGGUGUCAACAUGGUAGCCGCUCAGCAGCUGACGCCGGCGCCCUCACCUCCGAGGCCGCACUUACGCUCGGUAUCUUAAUCGGUAAUAUCCGUUUCCAGGUGCCAUUCGCCAUCGGUGACGAAUUCUUCUUCUCUCAACAAUCCCGCCGUGACUUCUCGCAAGAACUUGGACACGAUCGUCGAGGCCAUUCGGCAUUUGGAAGGAGAUCACAUGUUCAACGAGCGAAGGCCCGACGAAAACUGUCGCGCGAAUAACUCUCUCAGCGACUCAGGCGUCUCCCGCUCUGAAACCGUAAUUGUUCGCUCGUCGAUAGUGACUACGCCGAGCUCGAAAGCGACGCAGCCCUCCGCGGCGGCCGACAGACGCUAAGUGUUUAGUUAACGAAGUGUCUGUAGAAUGAACCAAUUGUACGUGACAGAGAGACAGACGUGCUCGCCGGAAAUUCACACAGAGGCUCCAUUCAUACGACGACGACGACGACAACUACAACAACAAGAACAACUACAACAACAUCAAGCACCCACAUCGAAUGCCUACCAAUUCACCAACCACCCACACUUACAUCUCGUAUAUUGAGUGAGCAGAUAGCAUGUAAAAACUACUUGAUUGGCAAUCUGCGCGGGCGUCGACCACGAGCAUGAGUUGCUUACCACUACGAACAAGCGAACACUCCGAAAAGACUCAGGCCAACAUACUGUUACUGUUACACAUGGUUCGUCGCUCUUUCAUAGAAACACGUAGCUGAAUCGAGACCUGAGUUCGGACAGGCUGUAGAAGUUCACGCUUCGGAGGAUCUCUCUCGAUCGGGGAAUUCGGUUUGCAAUUCGAUUGCGUGGGGUUGGAAUUGAGUAAGCGACAUCUCCACGUAGUGUCAGUGUACGUCUGUUCUCAGUCUGCCGCGGGUCAGGUUCCUCUUCGAAAGACGCUGAUGGUGAUGAUGAAGAUGGAUUCGAUCAUCGUACUUGAGAUCAAGAUGGAAUUGAAGAAGUAGACGCCGAUACGCCCGAUUGAUAUGGGCGCGUAUUCAUAUGGGGGCGAGAUUGGCUGGCGGAUCGGCGCAAAGCUACGGGGAAGUAUGGGAAAAAAUUGUCUGCUGUUGUCGUCGUUGCCACCAUUCUGGUUGAUUCGAUAAACUCGUAUCCGGUGGUGAGAAAUACUUAUCGGUGGGAGUGGUGAUGACGAUGAUCGAUGCAGAGGAACAUACAUACUAGCCGGUGAAGAACUUCAGAACGAAGCGACAAAUCUCCGCUUCUUGGUCAUUCAUGAAUUUGAUGAUGGUGAUUAUGAUGUUAGAGAUUGAUUCCUAUUAUUGCUACACUAGAGUGCUCCGCUAGGAUAAUGAUGAUGCGAUUGCAUAAGCUGGAGAGAAGAUUUCUUCUAAGAAGAACUUUCACCGGAAACCGGAAGAGAGAUAGAGAGCCAAUCGGAUUAGUCGUCCCAUCCCCUUCGGAGAGCGAGCGGAGGUGCAUCGCAAGCAAGUGGGAUCGCAACCGCAAUUGUUUUCGAUUCGAUCCUCGAGCUUCUACGGAACGUAUUCCCAAGAAAAAAAUUCCCCCAUUCUCCGGAGAAGCGAAGAAAUGAGAACGCCCAUCGGAUGCCCCAGAUCAAUUGAUAUUGACGAAGAGUUGAUCUCCCAGUGAGCAAUGUCCCGGUCGAUAACGGUCACCUGCAUCAAGGUGCCGAACUUUGUCAGCGUGGGGCUUGUUCGCGGUUUCUUUAAUUCUCUUUGAGUAUUUCGAACAAAUGAGUGUACA